CGCACGGUCCGUCGGACCCCGCCCCGCCGCCGCGUCGGGGCUGCGGAGCCGCAGUCUGAGCGGGGCGGCGCGGCCGGGCUGCGGGUCGCGCGGCCGCGCAGCAUGUGGAAGCUGCACCGGAGCCGGGUGCUCCUGGACGAGGCGCCCGAGGAGGAGGACGGCCCGCGAGGGGGGUCGCCGCCCGCCGCCGCCGCGGCCGCCGCGCAGGUUCAAGGAGCAAGCUUCCGAGGCUGGAAAGAAGUGAGCUCUCUGUUUAAUAAAGAUGAUGAACAACACCUGCUGGAAAGAUGUAAAUCCCCCAAGUCUAAAGGAACUAACUUAAGACUAAAAGAAGAAUUAAAGACAGAGAAGAAACCUGGAUUUUGGGACAAUUUGGUGUUAAAACCGAGUGCGCAGUCUAAGAAGCCAGAUGAAAUUGAAGGUUGGGAGCCUCCGAAGCUUGGUUUUGAAGAUGUGGCCGUGGAUGUGGACGGCACCGUGAGUGACUGUUCCCCACAGCUGGGCUGGGAGGAAGAUGGUAAGGCCUCCACCAAGUACACCAGCCUGGCCGGCUCUGGAAACAGCUCUCGCUGGGGCCUGCGGUCAGCAGGGAAGCUGGUUGGCAUCCGCAGGCCGAGCAAAGGCCACCUGACGGAUAGCUGGGAGGGGCUGGAGUGAGCUGGGGAAUGUGACCUGCUGGCUGUGCACCUUCCCCCUCUGCUUUCAGCCCACCGGGGGUGGGGGUGUGUUUCCUCCCCGCCGUGCCUCCUUCCCUCCUCUCUUGCUGAACUAGGAAAGGCCCAGUAGUGUGUGUGCGUGUAACUCCUCCACCACAGAAGCCAGGGACUGGAUACUCGGUUGCCUUACUGAGAAACACUCACCCUCAACUUGGGCUGCUAAAGCUGGAUGUGCGCCUAGCGGCCCCCUUUCCACAGGGCGGUCUUCGUGCUGCCUCAUACCCACAUCACCUCCUCCUGCACAGAGACUGGAAUCUAGCAGCGAAUGCACACGCAUGCCAGUGGCCAGGAACUUGCAAUCUUGCUGUAAGAUGAUUGAUUUUCCAGCAGUCCUGAAUGAAUCAUGUAUAGCCUGCAGAUCACAGCUUUUGUAACGAAUUUACACGUAGUUGAGCAGGUCAGCUGCCAGGAGAUCAGAGGUACACCACCCUUACUGCCCGCCGUCUCCCAGCUGGCCCAGCACUGGGGGGCCCUGUGUGGUGACAGUGGGGUGGUCUCUCUCUUGCUGUGUGCUUCUGGUUCCACUCCUGAACCUUUAUAUUCUCUUCUCUCAAUUUCUUCUGAAGACUUAUUCCUUUGAUGAUUGCAGAAUGAAGAAUGCUAUAAUGUAUGGAUCCGUUUUAGUCACUUAAAACACCUAAUUUUGUUUAGAAGACAGUACUUAUUCAUCACAGUUAAGACUAUAGAAAAUACUGGAAGUGCCUCUUUUCUUUAAACCCAGAUUUGGGUUUUCAAAAUGAGACUGUUGCUGUGACUGAUGUCAGAGCCCGGGGGCUGGGCUGGGGUUACUGCAAGAGUGUCGGGCUGUAGCCCUGUGUGCUGUGACUGAAGGGUGACCCUGGGCAGGAACGUGGCCAGGAAGGCCUGUCACAGGCGUGUGUGCAAGCGUGUCUGAAGCACGGGGCUCCAGUCACACCAUGGGUCACACAUGUGCGUGCACACGUUCCCCCCAGAGUGGGUGUGGAAGGCACACCUGCGUGUUGGCACAGUGCUUCCAUCAUCCCUGUCGGUAGGACCCACCCAAAGUUCCCAUCACUCGAGGGCUGCAGGUGGUGGCUGAGCCUGGCCAUGGGCGGGGGUGGUUGCCCAGCACAGAGAAAUUCACGAAGGCUGAGUUGGACAAUCUUGUUUUCUCAGGUAAAGUUCAGUGUAAGCCUGUCCCUCGAUGCCACCUCCUCAGAGGCCCUCAAGUCUAAAGCAGAAGCUGGGCUUGUCUCUGGCCCUGUCUCAGGGUGCAUUGUUUGAAGCUGAGGGGAGGGGCUGCCUGGGGGAGACCUUUGUCCUCAGGCUGUCUCUGGCCUUUGUGGUGACACCAAGUGCCUGUGAUACACCUCCAUCGAGGGUCUGUGUAGCUGGUGGCGCUCUCCCUGAUAGCGUCAGAAUCUGGAGACAGAGCUGGUUGAGCUAUGCACUGUGAAUCACACCUUCCUUCCCUACAAAGACUAGUGAAAAAUGAAUUUCCUUCUGUUAUAUAUGAUUAAAUGCGUUAACUGUGUCUGUAAUAUAUUUAUUGGCCUGCUCUGGGAGAAAUGUUUUUUUUUUUUUUCUUGACAGAAUUUGCCAAAGCCACAGUUAGGUUCUCAGGUGAAUGAGGGGUUGGUCUGGGGCUGAUCUGAGUUCUGUCAACUCACAGCUUCGUUGUGUGAGGAGUGAGCUGUUCUGUGCACCUUCCGAUGUCUCAUUACUUCUUAAUAAAAAAGUGUUCGGCUUCAGAAAAGGCAGAAAUGGUUAAUGCUGAGCUUUUUGAAAAAUAAAAAUGUCACUGAUACCCUC